ACAGUACAAAGGCAAGUAACAGAUAUAUGUAACUGGACUGGCAUGUUUGGAUUCAUUUUUGGAAUAUGGUUUGGAGCAAUUCUAAGAUAUACUAGUCUACAGUAAAUGUAGAAAAACCUAUAUUUGGUACUGUAAACAAAUAAAAGACCUGAGACAUUUCAAGACAUAUUUUUCAAACAGUAGACAGGAAUGACAAUUAGCCUAUUGGGAAUUUUAUGGUGAGUCACGUAAUUAGAACUUCCUGGGUCUUCACUUGGUGUAACUUACUUAAACACAAAUCACCAUAAGAUUGCCCAUUUACUUCUUAAAAACGUAGACCCAAGAACGUCUGACUCAAAAUUAAAUUAAAUUUCCGUGAUUUUAGAUUAGUAUGGGUCCUUCAGCAUGACGCCAGGAUUCGCGUGAAUGAUCAGGAUCAGUAAUCCUACAGAUUUCAGACACCUGACAAUGUGCAACGCUGGAAAACGAAGUGAAAAACUCGUUCGUGUUUUUGGCAGGAUUUCUGACCCUCUGCUACUCUGAAUACUUAGUAAAAAGUCCAAGAAAGUCGGUCGAAAUAUCACCCAGGGGUACGCGGUCAUCUGUGAUAUGCGCGAAGGAAGAGGAGGUUAAUCCUCUUUAGUGCCUGUCGGUCAGCCCCGUUCGGGGGCGGGACAUGCGUCCUAUUUGCGUGUUCAUCUCCCUGCUUGUUUUUUGCCCGUAGAGUAAUGCGAGCGAAGUGGGAUGAAAGAUAUUUUUUUUCCGUUUCAAAGGCAUCGUAUGCAUUUAAGUGCGGAUAAAAGGCAGCGCUUCCCUAGAUGAGUAGAUGAGCUUCCUGCCAUGGUGAGUCCGAGGCGCGCUGCCGUUGUCACAGCGCUGAUCGCCGUGUCGCUCUCGCAGAUCUGCACAGGCCUGAAAUGCUUGUGUGAGCUGUGCACCAACCACACGUGUGAGACCGGGGUGGGCGGGGCAUGCUGGAACUCGGUCACGCUCGUGGAUGGCCGGGAAGAGGUCGUCAAGUCCUGCCUGUCCCUGUUGGAGAUGAAGGGCCAGCUCUUCUGUCAUGGCUCCCACAAUGUGUCCAAGAGGAGCUGCUGCUUCACCGACUUCUGCAACAACCAGACACUGCGCCUGCAGCCAGAACAACUGCAAGGUGAGUCCAGCUGGCACAGGCUGGAGGUGGCUGCAGUGAUCCUAGUGCCUUCCAUCCUGAUGUUUGUAGCUAUCCUGCUGGGUAUGUGUAUAGCUCAGGGAUAUCGCUGUGCUCGCUGCAAGGCCCAAAAUCCCGAUGUGGAGGAGCCACUGGAUGAUCAGAACCUCAUGCCCCCCGAAAUGUGUCUCAGGGACCUUAUCUACAAUCUCAGCACCUCCGGAUCUGGACCAGGACUUCCGUUGUUGGUCCAGAGGUCUAUAGCUAGAAGCAUUAUCCUCCAGGAAAUCAUUGGGAAGGGCGGCUUUGGUGAGGUGUGGCGGGGAGAAUGGCAUGGGCAGCAUGUGGCCGUCAAGAUGUUCUCAUCCCGGGACGAGCGGUCCUGGUUUCGAGAGGUGGAGAUCUAUCAGACAGUCAUGCUGAGGCACGAGAACAUCCUGGGCUUCAUAGCAGCUGAUAACAAAGAUAACGGGUCGUGGACACAGCUGUGGCUGGUGUCGGAGUACCAUGAGCACGGCUCCUUGUUUGACUACCUGAACAGGCACAUGGUCUCUGUGGAGGCCACACUUGUCCUGGCUCUCUCUGUAGCCAGCGGGCUGGCCCACCUGCACAUGGAGAUCAUUGGCACUCAGGGAAAACCCGCCAUCGCUCACAGAGACUUGAAGUCCAAGAACAUCCUGGUGAAGAAAAACGGCAGCGCGGUUAUCGCUGAUCUGGGCCUGGCAGUGAAGCACGACUCCAUCGCCAACACCAUUGACAUUCCAUCCAAUCACAGAGUGGGAACCAAAAGGUACAUGGCCCCAGAGAUCCUGGACGACUCGAUCAACGUCAGCAAUUUCGAGUCCUACAAGCGGGCAGAUAUUUACUCCCUAGGCCUGGUGUUCUGGGAGCUGGCCCGCAGGUGCUCCCUGGACGGGAGCUGUGAAGAUUACCGGUUGCCUUACUAUGACAUGGCAGGAUUAGAUCCUUCAGUAGAGGAAAUGAGGAAGGUGGUCUGUGACCAACAAGUCAGGCCCAGCAUUCCUAACCAGUGGCACAACUGGGAGGCGCUGAGGAUCCUGGGAAAGACGAUGAGGGAGUGCUGGAAUGCCAACCCUGCUGCCCGACUCACUGCCUUGCGAGUUAAGAAAACCAUCACUCAGGUGACCGUUGUCAAGACCAACUGAUUAGCUAAGUUCGCUGCUGCAUCAAGGUGGCUGACCCAUCCAAGCAGGACACUAUUCUACAAUCUAUCGGCCAUGUUGUCUUCUUGCUGUGCUGGCCAAUGUACGUCACUAUGCACAAGAGUAUCAAGUUAUAUAUCAUGUCAAGUUAUACCGUCAGACAUUAUACCAAACAGCCGGCAAUCUAAAGCUGACACAGAAGUUGACCUCCACAGGUGAGAUGUCCUGCUUACAUACUACAUGACUAUGUGCAGGUUUCCAUGUUACCUCAUAAACACUGAAGCUCCCAGACAUGAAGCUGGCCAGUAACGCACACUGGUGCUAUGAGGAUAACAUAAGAAUUAACUAGGAUCGCAUCACAGGGCUGUCAUGCAGAAUCACGUACAACACAGGUGUCCUGUCCGUUUAUCACGCAUAUCUCAAGGGGACCUCUUACUUUAGUCGCCAUACCAGACAAAACAUUUUUGUCUCCUUGUGUAGGAAAAGUUGGUCUGUAUUAAGUGCUGCUGAGGAAUUGUAGGGCAAUGUGCUGCUGGACCACAGGGUUAGGCAAUGGAGAAUGUGACAGGAGGAACUCAAGGGAAGUCAGGAAAUAAUCCACUUAGCCAACUUAAAAAAGGCUAGAGUUUCACAUACCUCACAGGAAGGACCUCUUGCAGUUCCCUCCGUCUAGCCGUCCUACCCUAUAAACCAGUGUUUCCCCAAUCUGGUCCUUGGGGACCCACUACCAGUCCAUGUUUGUCCUCCCUGUCAGCUCCUUACCAGGGCAAGAACGUGGACAGUCUAGCUUCCCCAAGGACCAGAUUGAGAAACACUGCUAUAAACCAAUUAGUGCAACAAGGAUUAUUAGAUUUUAAUUGCUUACGUUAUUACGGUCGCAGAAAAGCUAAGAAACUCAGUUAAACUCAGGUCUAUGUGCUUUAUGAGCACCAUCAGGAGGAAGAGGAAGGUGAAGCAGUCUGGAUCACCGGUUCUCAGAUCUCUCCUCAGGAAUUGCCUGCAGCUCUGUGACUGAGACUGCAGGAUUUAUGCAAAUCACGCCAUUAAUCAAACACCUCAUUCUGUACAUGUUUUUAAAAGGCCAAUGUAAAAUGUAAAUAGCAGAAAUAUUUAUAUUAUAUAUAAAAAUUCUUAUGUCCUUUGUUUUUUGUUGCUUGUGUUGUAAGUAAAGAAAUUGUAUUAUUA